CCUUUCCCUUCCCCGCCCAGCCGUAAUUGCCGAUGGCGGCUGCGGGGCAGCCGGAGCUCCUCUUCUACCUGUCGGCGUGUCUGCUGCUACGCCUCUGCGCCGCCUUUAACUUGGACACUCGGGAAGAAAACGUGAUCCGCAAGAGCGGGGAUCCGGACAGUCUCUUCGGCUUCUCCCUAGCCAUGCACUGGCAGCUACAUCCACAGGACAAGAGGCUGUUGUUGGUAGGGGCCCCUCGUGCCAAAGCUUUUCCAUUACAGAGAGCCAACCGAACAGGAGGCCUGUACAGCUGUGACAUAACAAGCCAGGAGCCUUGCCGACGCAUUGAAUUUGAUAACAAUGCUGACCCUUCGUCAGAGAGUAAAGAAGACCAGUGGAUGGGUGUCACUGUCCAGAGUCAGGGCCCAGGGGGAAAAGUGGUGACGUGUGCCCAUCGGUAUGAGAGAAGGCAAAAUGUCAACACCAAGCAGGAGUCCCGGGACAUCAUCGGGAGGUGUUAUGUGUUGAGUGAGUCUCUUACCAUUGAAGAUGAUAUGGAUGGAGGAGAUUGGAGUUUUUGUGACGGCCGUUUGAGAGGCCAUGAGAAAUUCGGCUCUUGCCAGCAAGGCGUAUCUGCUACUUUUACUAAAGAUUUCCAUUACAUUGUGUUUGGAGCCCCAGGCACCUAUAAUUGGAAAGGAAUUGUUCGUGCAGAGCAAAAGAAUAACACUUUUUUUGACAUGCAUAUCUUUGAAGAUGGGCCUUAUGAAGUUGGUGGUGAGACUGACCAUGAUGAGAGUCUAGUUCCUGUUCCAGCUAACAGUUAUUUAGGCCUUCUCUUUUUGACCAGUGUUUCCUAUACGGAUCCUGAUCAGUUUGUUUACAAAACAGAGCCCCCCAGUGUAAGGGGCGACAAAUCUCCUGGUGUGAUGAUGAAUAGCUACCUAGGUUUUUCACUGGACUCAGGAAAAAACAUUGUCUCUAAAGACGAGAUCACUUUUGUGUCUGGUGCUCCAAGAGCCAACCAUAGUGGAGCUGUGGUGCUUCUAAAGAGAGACACAAAAUCCACACAUCUUUUUCCUGAGCAUGUGUUUGAAGGAGAAGGGUUGGCCUCUUCAUUUGGCUAUGAUGUGGCAGUAGUGGACCUCAACAAAGAUGGCUGGCAAGAUAUAGUUAUUGGAGCACCACAAUAUUUUGAUAGAGAUGGAGAAGUAGGAGGUGCCGUGUAUGUCUACAUUAAUCAGCAAGGCAAAUGGAAUAAUGUCAAGCCUAUUCGCCUUAAUGGAACCAAAGAUUCUAUGUUUGGUAUUGCAGUCGAAAACAUUGGUGAUGUUAAUCAAGAUGGGUACCCAGAUAUUGCAGUUGGAGCACCCUAUGAUGAUUUGGGAAAGGUUUUUAUCUAUCAUGGCUCUCCAAGUGGAAUAAAUACCAAACCAACACAGGUUCUUGAGGGUAAAUCUCCAUUCUUUGGCUACUCAAUUGCUGGAAAUAUGGACCUUGACAGAAAUUCCUACCCUGAUGUUGCUGUUGGUUCACUCUCAGAUUCAGUGUCGAUUUUCAGAUCUCGGCCUGUGAUCAACAUCUUGAAAACAAUCACAGUAACACCUAGCAGAAUUGAUCUCCGACAGAAAAUGCUUUGCGGGGCCCCGAGCGGGAUCUGCCUGAAGGUUAAGGCCUGUUUUGAAUACACCGCCAAACCCAGUAAUUACAAUCCUGCGAUAACAAUUGUGGGAACACUUGAAGCCGAAAGUCAGAGGAGGAAAUCCAGCUUAUCAUCAAGAGUUCAUUUUCCAAAUCAAGCUUUGGAACCCAAGUCUUCCCAUGUCUUGACUCUGAAAGGGCAAAAACAAAAAAUGUGCAUGGAGAGAACACUUUGGCUACAGGAAAACAUCAGAGAUAAGCUCCGUCCCAUUCCUAUAACAGCUUCAGUGGAAAUCCAAGAACCAAAUUCACGGAGGCGGGUGAAUUCACUUCCAGAACUUACUCCAAUUCUGAAUUCAAAUGAACCCAAAACAGUGACCUCAGAGGUCCAGUUCUUAAAAGAGGGAUGCGGAGAUGACAAUAUUUGUAAUAGCAACCUAAAGCUGGAGUACAGAUUUUGUACGCGAGAUGACAACCAAGACAAAUUUUCUUAUUUACCCAUCCAUGAUGGUGUUCCAGAACUUGUUCUCAAAGACCAGAAAGAUAUUGCGUUAGAAAUAACAGUGACUAAUAGCCCAUCGAAUCCCAGGAAUCCUACAAAGGAUGGGGAUGAUGCCCAUGAAGCCAAGCUCAUUGCCACUUUUCCUGAUACCUUAACUUAUUCUGCAUAUAGAGAGUUGCGGGCUUAUCCAGAAAAACAGUUGAGUUGUGCAGCCAAUGUAAAUGGUUCCCAAGUAGACUGUGAGCUUGGAAAUCCCUUUAAGAGAAAUUCCAAUGUUACUUUUUAUUUGAUUUUAAGUACCACCGAAGUCACCUUUGACACCACGAACCUGGAUGUGAAUCUGAAGCUGGAAACAACAAGCAAUCAAGAUAAUUUGGCUUCAAUUACAGCUAAAGCUAAAGUGGUUAUUGAACUGCUUUUGUCGGUCUCUGGAGUUGCUAAACCUUCCCAGGUGUACUUUGGAGGUAUUGUUGUUGGUGAGAGUGCAAUGAAAUCUGAAGAUGAAGUUGGAAAUCUAAUAGAAUAUGAAUUCAGGGUAAUCAAUUUAGGUAAACCUCUUAGAAAUCUCGGUACAGCGUCUCUAAACAUUCAGUGGCCCAAAGAAAUUCUCAAUGGCAAAUGGUUGCUUUAUUUGAUGAAAAUAGAAUCUAAAGGAUUGGAACAAAUCAACUGUCAACCACAAGGUGAAGUUAACCCUCUAAACCUAAAGGAAUCUCCUCACAACUCAAGAAAGAAACGAGAGAUUGCAGAAAAACAGACAGAUGAUGGCAGAAAAUUUUCAUUAUUUACAGAAAGAAAAUAUCAGACACUUAAUUGUAGCACAAAUGCUAACUGUGUGAACAUAAUAUGUCCCCUACAAGGUUUGGACAGCAAAGCUUCUGUUAUAUUGCGGUCAAGACUGUGGAACGGUACAUUCCUGGAGGAAUAUUCCAAGAUGAACUAUUUAGAUAUUCUUGUUCAGGCUACCAUCAAUGUUACUGCUAAUGCUGAGAAUAUAAAGGUCCCAAAUGCAGGCACUCAAGUCCGAGUAACAGUAUUUCCUUCAAAGACAGUCGCACAGUAUUCUGGAGUGCCUUGGUGGAUCAUCCUCGUGGCUAUCCUUGCUGGAAUUUUGAUGCUUGCUCUAUUAAUAUAUUUACUAUGGAAGUGUGGAUUCUUUAAGCGCUCCAGGUACGAUGACAGUGUUCCCCGAUACCAUGCUGUAAGAAUCCGGAAAGAAGAACGACAGAUCAAAGAUGAGAAAUAUAAUGAUGGCCUGGAAAAAAAGCAGUGGAUCACAAAAUGGAAUGAAGAUGAAAGCUACUCCUAGGGGGGAAAAACAGCACACUCUCCAGACUUUUCUCUUUUUUUUUCAACUCAGAAAUUUAAAUGGAUUUUAAAAGUUCCUUUGGUAACUGAGGAUUGGUUUCAGACUUACUACAGACAGUAUGAACCUACAGUUUUCAACUGUGGAUAUUGUUACGGAUCCCAAAGCUUUUAUUUUGCACAGCUGAAUUUGGGAUGGAUGGAACUGAUUUUUUUUUAACUGCCUUAAUUUAAAUUUCCAGAUUGCCUUUCAUUUUGGUGUGGCUGACCUAUGAUGAGAAAGGCUAUGCUGAGUUAUACCUCCUGUGAAAUCUUCCCAUUAGUGUCUUAGAAAGAAAGUCACCAUCAUCAGUCAUGUUGACAUCCAGUGGCAUGUAGUAAGUUGUAAUCCCAGCAUUUGCCUUUCCUAACAUUUUUUUUCCACUAGAGUCUGAGAACCUUAAAUCAACAAAGGUUUAAGCUAAAGUACUGUCUUCAAGUAAACGUGCAAUAGAAGGUGAUGCUGCCAUCCCACCAUCUUGUUUUUAACCUCAGAUUUGUGUGAAUACUGCUCACACCAAAAUUCACAGGUUAUCAUUUUCUCUUCUGACUAACAUAUACACCACAA